AUGGCACUGACGAACCCGUUGCCUGAAGAGGCUACGCAAUUGUUCAAAGACAUCGAACAACACUUCCCAACGAGCACAUCAGGUGAAGAGCGAUGGUACAUUCUCGCGAUCUCAGCAAUAGCCGGUGGUGGCCAUCCAGGCUUUGCCAAAGAACUCUACCUUUACCUCAUCUCAAAGCCACAGUACCAGACUCCCGACCAAAGACAAGCACUCAUGCGCCGACUACGAGAAGCUCUCGUCAAACUUGUCUCAGUCGUCGGCGUACCAAAGCCACUUGAAGCUGUGUUCAGUAUGGGUGAUGUGGAGCGAGAGGACGAUAAGGACUACUCGUUUUCAAGAGAGCACUGGCAAUCUGGCGAAGCAAAUCGACAACGCGGUCGAGACUGGCUAGCACAAAUCUACCGCCACAACGACAACAAGACCGCUGAAAUGAUGGCGGCGCACAAAGAUUUACGCUGGCUAUCGGUUGAGAUAACAUACGGUCUAUACCUCUCCGACCACACAAUCCUCGACGGCAUCGACACAGAGCUUGUCGUCCUCUCCGGCAUCAUGAUACAGAACCUCAGCCGUGAGACUGGUUGGCAUCUGCGUGGUACACGGAGAAUUGGCGUUAGCUAUGACGAUGUCGAGUUGAUCCAGCAAUGCAUCGAAAAAGUGGCUACGUUCUGCGGCCUACAGCUCACAAGAGUUCCACGUGUGAAGGACAUCGAGCAUGAAGUUGACGAAAAGGCUUGA